AAGGUGGCCAUCAGCCCAAGGAAACUCUAUAAAUGGAGGCAUUAGAAAGUCUUCGCCUGCAGCUUCUAAAGAAACAUGGCAGAGGUGAAGGAAGUGAAGUUAUAUGGUGCUUGGGGCAGCGGUUACUGUGCCAUUGUUCACCAUGCUCUUAGGCUCAAGGGCGUCGCCUACGAGUACGUAGAGGAGGACCUCCAGAACAAGAGCGAGGCACUUCUUGGGCUGAACCCGGUUCACAAGAAGGUGCCAGUCCUGGUGCUGGAUGGCAAGCCGGUAUCCGAGUCACUUGUUAUCCUGGAGUUCGUUGAGGAGACGUGGAAGGAACCUCCACUCCUUCCAGAGGAUCCCUACAAGAAAGCUAAGAUAAUGCCAAUUAGCUAUGCCAUUAUAUUAUCAGAUGGUGAGGCACAAGUGAAGGCCACGGAGGAAUUUAUAGAGCACAUGAGCACUCUGGAGAAGGGCAUUCAGAAUGACUUGCCGAGUAAUGGCCCCUUUAUCAAUGGAGAAAAGCCUGGCCUCCUCGAUGUGAUUGUCGGCGCUUGUUCUGCAGGAUUUAGGGUUCUUGCAGACCUCGUCGGAGUCGAAGUACUGGAUAAGGAGAAAGUGCCACUCCUGCACUCCUCUGUCGCUUCCUUCAUAGACCUUGAGGUGAUCAAGGACACGGCAAUUCCUUACGAAAAGUUGCUCGAACGUGUCCACACCAUGAGGGAGAAGGCUCUGGCAUCUACCAAAUCUUGAAGUUGCCUAGCUGGUUACAAGCCAAUUGUAGUAAUGUUGUAGUAACGUUCUCGUUUUCUGGUUUGGCAAGCGUGUGAGAUGUCAGCUUUUGUUGCAGUAUUUAGUUUCAGUGUUUAGAAACUAGUUGUUGCUUUCUACGAUAACA